GCCGCAGCUACCAAGGGAAAGGGUCCCAUCCGGGGCUUUUGUGGCGCGCGGGCUGAGCGCACAAUGCCCGCCUCCUCCUCAAGCCCCGCCCCCGGAAGAGGGGAAGCAGAGAGGCAGCCAUGCAGCUCGGGCCGCUGACCAUCUGCGGAGAAGUGACCAUCCUGCACGGCGGGUUCCUGCUGGCCUCCCAGCUGUGCCACCCACGGCCCUUGUCCGAAUUGGCCAAGUCUGACUGGCCCUUGGUGGGGAAGCCCAUCAUGGAGGCGCUGGAGGAAAUCUGCACCUCCCACUCUUCUUAUCCGCCGCAGCCGGACGCCUGGAAGAAGAAAGCGGCCAUCAUCCUUUGGUCCAAGGUGCUGUUCUCCGAAGCCCCGGCGGUGUCCCUGAACCAGAGGUGGAAGGACGAUGCCUUCUUUUCUGUGAGCAACAUGAUCCCGGAGAUCAACCGUACUGUGCUUUUCGAGCUCUUCAUGGCGGCCAACGCGCCCCAGCUUUUCACCGAACUCCUCCUGGUUCUGCCGGAGCCGCUUUGCCGGAGGGAGCUGGAGGCUCUGGUGGAAUAUGUGGCCAAGGAGACCUCUCAGCGUGACGUCCGUUUCUACUUAGACGUGUGGUGGGAGAUCAUGAAGCACAAGGCCGGCCAGGAAGACCGGCUGACAUUGCUCUUCCGCAGCGUCUCCCAUCAGUGUCUCCCAGAGCCAGACGACGUGGGUCAACCACCAAAGCGCUUCAAGAGCGAUGGCCCUCCAUCGGCGCAUUCUUCCCCCGAGACGAGUGUCCUUCCCAUCUUGGCAGACGGUUUGAAGCUGAUCUGGAGGAGUGUCAGUCCAGCGAAGAUGAAGUGUUACGCUCUCGCCAACCUCUUGGAUGUUUUGUCCAUAUCGAUUGCGGCGUGCGACGCGGAUUCGUUACCCAUCCAGACUUACUUAGUGAAGGUCUCUUCAGUGGUGACCCUUUGGAGCAACGACUGUGACAACUGUUAUGGCAAAACGGAGCUGGACGAGAAGGUGAAGGAGGCCGAACGGAGUGUGAGUUUGCUCAGUGUGGCUCAGGCGUCCAAAGCGUUGUUGCUCGUAGAUUUGGGUUUUCUCCGGACUUUGUUGGAAGAGUGGUCUCCGGAGCUUCAGGGUUUCCUCAACGAUCCGGAACACGUCUGCUACGAAAGCUAUCGGCUCCUCGAUUGCUUGGCUUUGUUGGAGAAGCGGCUGGCGAGGUACGCUGAGUCCGGUGACUUAGAGGAGGAGACGGCCAAGGCCAUGGUGGGCCUCUCCACGCUCGUGGCGGACUUCCUGAAGAGCAUCAGCCUCAAGCCGUGUAGCAAGGAGUGCAAAAUGGACAUUGUGGCCUCCGUAGCCAUGGUCAUCAUCAACAAGCGGAUGGACCGCCACGCGGAGGUGUGCUCCGUGUUUGCAGCAGAGAAGGACUGGGCGCUCACCGAAGGCUGGGCUGCCUGCCUUGAGAAGAAUAAGGAGCUCUUCAGGGAACCGGGGACUAUCCUCAAAUUGGUGCAAACUUUGGCCGACGGCAGCAAAGAUGCCAAAAGCCAGGGACAGGCCGCCAGAGUGGCCAAAGUCAUCCUCGAGUGUUACACAGCGCUCCCAUUGACCGAUCAGAACAAAGUCAUUUCGGGCGUCUUGGCAACGUGGGGCCGGAAGGGCCUUUCUGGGGCAUCGCCGGCCUUCUCGGAGGGCUUCCAAGAGGAACUCAACGUCGCCUUCAACCAGAUCAUCCAAAGCGUGUCUGGAGAAGGCUUCCAAAGGGUUGUCGCCGCCGUGUCUCGGCUGGUGGCGCUUAACCCGGAAGCGACCAUCAAGAAGAUCUACAACUUGGUGGUGUCCAAUUUAGGAACACAUCUGUUCUUGGCGGAGAUCUUAUGUUGCUUCCCAGCCCUGAGGUUCCAAGAGGUUCAGGAUUCGAUGGACCUCUCCGUGACCCUGCUGUUAGCAUGUUUGCGAGAGACAGUCUUUGACCGGCUGGUGUGUGCCAAGGAAAAGGAGCAGUUCUUAGAGUUCCUGGGUUACCUCCUGCAGCCCAACGGGGCCAACCCGCUCUUCUCCCCGGCCGAAGUGACCCAGAGCCUGGUCCUCCCGUUCCUGAAGUCGGACUCUCCGUGCGUUGAGCUCUGCUUGCGGAUCCUCGACCAGGCCCUGAAGGUGCCUUCGGAGCCAGACUGGAUCCACGCCUGCCACCCGUUCCCGCUCGUCCUCUCCCUUUGCAAGUUCCUCGACGGCUUUGCGCAGUAUUGGCACGAACCGGAAGGCCGCCACACUUGUUCCUUCGAGACCAAAGACUUGGUGGCCGCCAACUUGGCCCGGCUGUGCGAUGCCCUCUCGGCCCAAAAGGACUCUCUUUCUCCAGCGCUGUGGGACCAGUCUGUGUCUUGGCUCCACAGAAAGGCCGGGGCCUUGGACUGGACCAUCGGCCUACGACUGGAGAGCGUCUACGGGGAGCACUUCAAGAAGGAGGUCCCCUCCACGCUCUUCGAGGUCUGCAAGCUGCCUGAGGAGGAGUGGACCUCCCGCUCGGAUGGACAGUACGGGGCAGGCAGCGGCCUCCUGGCCUGGAUGGAGUGCUGCUGCGUCUCCACUGCUUUGAGAGAGAAGAUGCUGGUGCUUCUCACCGUCAACAUUGACAACCCCGAGGAGGUCAACCUCUUCAGCAAGGGCUUCUUGGUGGCCCUUGUCCAGGUCUUCCCGUGGUGCAGCCAGAGCGAGUGGAGGCACCUCAUCCACGUCAUCAAGAGCCUUUUGGAGCGAGAGGUCCUCUACGUGCCCUAUUCCCUGGAAUACGUCCCGUUCCUCCCGCUGCUCGACUUCCGCCCCUUCGCCUUCCACCUCCAGCUCUCGGUGCUGCUCCUGAGAGCCUUCCAGUUCCUGUGCGGCUCCAGCGGUGCGGGCUGGAUGCCCUCGGUGGCCUGGAAGCACCUGUCCCGACUCUACUGCCUGAGCAUCUCUGACUUGCUGGGCUCCGCGAAGGAGGUGGCGCGGGGCACGUGGCGCACGGAAGACCCGCGGAACGGCGUGCGGCGGGAGCUGUCCUUCACCUACAUCCAGAUCUUCUGCCACGUCCUGCACGUGGCGGCCAUGCUGCCCGAGGAGGCCACGGCGGAGGCCCUGCUCGUCCUCUCCUUGGAGGUCCUCUCGCAGUACGAGGUCCUCUACGAGGCCGACGAGUCGCUGGGCAGCUCCCUCCGGAAGGCCAACGAGAGGCACUUUUUGGAGUCCAUCGCGGAGAACGUUACCAACAAGGAGGUCCGUACCAUGCUCCUCCAGAAGCUGCGCAAACUAUGAAAGCAAGCGGAGGAAGGUUGUGAAUCAAAACUCCGUAAACGCGGAAUUGGCCCGUUCCUCACCAGCGAGGACUUCGUUUUGAUUGUCGUCGGGGAAGCUGGGAGAUCUCUAAUAAACAUCUCUUUUUUUCCA